UUUUACAGAGUUUUUGGAUCCAUUCCAGAGAAUUAUUCAGCCAGAAGAGAUCUGGCUGUAUAAAAAUCCUUUGGUAGAAUCUGACAACAUACCUACACGCCUCAUGUUUGCUAUUUCGUUCCUGACACCCCUGGCUGUCAUUUUUGUGGUGAAAAUAAUCCGGCGCACAGACAAGACUGAAAUUAAAGAAGCUUUGCUAGCUGUUUCCUUGGCUCUUGCUUUAAAUGGACUCUGCACGAACACUAUUAAAUUAAUAGUGGGGAGACCUCGUCCCGAUUUCUUUUACCGCUGCUUUCCGGAUGGAAUAAUGAACUCUGAAAUGCACUGUACUGGUGAUCCAGAUGUUGUGUCAGAAGGGAGGAAAAGUUUUCCUAGCAUCCACUCCUCCU